AUGGAAUUCGAACAGCAAGUGGGGCAAGUGCCUCUACCACGUUUUGGCCAUACAUGUACACUCAUCGGGGAGGCUCGAGUGGUCUUAUUCGGUGGUGCUACUGGUGAUACUGGAAGGUACAAUAUUACUGAUGACACAUACGUCCUGAAUGUCGAGGCUAACAUAUGGAGGAGAGUUGAUAUGCGGAGAGGUUCCUCAGCUCCGAGUCCUAGAGCGGCUCAUGCUGCUGUGUGUGUUGACCACAUGCAACUGGUAGUCUUCGGUGGUGCUACUGGAGGAGGCAGUCUGAGCAACGAUGACCUGUACCUUUUGGACUACCGUAAUGAGGAUAGGCCGGAGUGGGUAACAAUACCCAUAGGGAAAGGCCCAACGCCUGGGAAGCGGUACGGCCACACGAUGGUCUUCCACAAGCCGGUGCUUAUUGUGUAUGCUGGGAACAAUGGAACGGAAACCAUGUCGGAUAUAUGGAUCUUGGAUGUUGAUCGAUCUCCCUUUCUGUGGAACAAGGUGGACCCUAUGGGAGGAGGGAAGCCAGCCCCAGUGCCCAGAGCCUACCACUCAGCUGACGUGUGCCGAGAGGGCCCGGCCACAGGUAUGAUGGUGGUGUUCGGUGGAAGGACGGCGGAUAAUCAGUCCCUUAACGAUGUUUGGGGCCUCAGGCAGCACAGAGAUGGCAGGUGGGACUGGGUCGAGGCACCCACGAAGAAAGGAGAGACCCCCGAGGCCCGAUUCCAACACGUGGCUGUCUUCGCUCAUACUAAACUCAUCAUUGUUGGUGGUCGUUCUGGUGACGUGAGCCGGUCGUUGGGGACCUGUGUCUACGAUACGGAACAAUGCGAGUGGAGGGAAAUACCCAGUGUUCAACGCUUCCGUCAUGCUACGUGGAUGCUGGGGCCUUUACUGUUCACGUAUGGUGGCUUCAAUCAUGUGCAUCCUUCUGCCCCGACCAACGAUCUACAACUGUUGGACAUUGAGAGGGCACUUGGGCUGGUACUCCCACGAGCGGCGGCUCCCCCAUCGGAGAUAGUGACGAACCAGCAUCAGGAGCAGAUAAGAUCCGCUAUGGGCUACGACGCGGUCAUGGCAGAUGCUAGAGGUCAACCACAGCAACAGCAGCAGACCCAGCAACAGCAGAUGGAAUACGUAUAUCAAGGGCCGUCGUCGAACCCUCCAUCAUCAGCUCGAUCUUCAUCGUCUUUGUCGCCCUCACUACGAGAGGGCCUCGAGACGAAGCCAUGGGGUCCAAUAGGGGCACCUGCAUUGGCAGAUAAGGUCUACAUAGCUUGUGAUAGGGACCUGACGGCCGGAGCGGUGCAUCAGGUUGGCCUAGAUGCUCUUGGGGAGGAGUCCAAACGUAUACGCCCACCCGGGUCUAGGCCUGUGGUCAGUCCUACUAAGGCGCGACAGAAGGAUGAUGAAGGAUCACUGCAUCACUUUGUGAUCGAGCAACUGCUGCGGCCAGAGUCGUGGCAGCCCGAUUUGGACCCCAACAGAUUCAUCUUGCAGCCCUCAGAGGUCCGACAACUGUGCAAAUCGGCACUGCAGUUGUUUAGGAAGCAACCAAUGGUGUUGAAGCUGCGGGCACCCAUCAAAGUAUACGGCGAUAUCCAUGGGCAGUUCAUGGACCUGAUGCGGCUGUUCCAAAGGUAUGCUGCACCAACUGACGGCCCAGGAGGGGACAUUGAAACGAUGGAUUACCUUUUUCUUGGGGACUAUGUCGAUCGAGGAUCCUUCUCUCUAGAGACUAUCUGCCUACUGCUAGCCUUGAAGAUCAAGUACCCGAAUCAAAUCCAUCUUAUAAGGGGGAACCAUGAGGACCCUGCGAUAAAUUCUUCCUAUGGUUUCCGCGAUGAAUGUAAACGACGUCUAAGGGAUGAUGUCGACAAUAACCCCAACUGCAGUUGGGCGUGGUUCAACAAAGUUUUUGAAUGGAUGCCCUGUGGGGCCGUCAUUGAGGACCGCAUCCUCUGCAUUCAUGGUGGCAUCGGAGGCAGUAUCGAUAAAGUGCAGCAGAUAGCUGAGCUCGAGCGGCCUUUGGUCGUGGCCCAAACACCGUUGAGUAUGCUCGAUCAGCAAGUGACGGAUCUGCUAUGGUCCGACCCAACCGAUUCAGAUGACAUCUUUGGGGUCACUUCUAAUGAGACCAGAGACCCCGACGGGUCGGGGCAUAUUGUUAAGUUCGGUCCAGACAGAGUUGUGCAGUUCUUGGAGGAGAAUGCACCCUUGACGAUGAUAAUCAGGGCUCAUGAAUGUGUCAUGGACGGCUUUGAAAGAUUUGCUGAUGGUCGCCUAAUUACCCUUUUCUCGGCCACAGACUAUUGUGGGCAUCAUAAGAAUGCAGGCGCUUUGCUGUUCAUACGUCGGGACCUGACGAUAGUGCCCAAGCUCAUCUAUCCAGUAGAUCGGGCCAAUCUUGGUUUCGGAGCCCACGACACUCCGCCUCCUGGAGGGCGUUCUGAUAUACAACAACAUCGUCUACGUAUCCAGCCUAACUGGGAUGCUUCUAUUACCAGCGCGCGCCCGCCGACUCCUCCGAGGCCCAGUAGGGAUGUCCAUACUCCCACGGAGUCUCAUCCCUACUCUCACAACCACCCUCAUGAGAAUAGCAUCCCUCUACCUUCUGCCGCGUGGGCUUAAUGACGGUACCAUUAAGAUUGUAUCACUGUACCUAUUAUACGCAUGCCUCGGAGCUCAGUAUUCUUAGCAACUAUUCAAGCUAAUCAUCCUCUGUCUCAU